AUGGCUGGCGUUUUUGAUAUUGAAAUUGAAAACAAUGAGGUAAAUCCUGAAGGAUAUUCGUGCGAGGAAAUGGAUGAAGAUAAUGUGUAUUCCGAUGUAGCAGAUGGACAAAUCUGGGCUCCUCCUCCCAGUUCUUCGUACACUGAAUGUCCGAUGGUUGAAACAAUAGAACUGUCUGAAUUUUCCGUAAAUCCUCCUAACGUCAGAGUAGGACCAGAGGAUUUCGAGUUGCUCAAGGUGUUGGGAAAGGGAGGAUAUGGAAAAGUAUUCCAAGUUCGUAAGACUACGGGUCAAGAUGCGGGUCGUAUUUUUGCAAUGAAAGUUUUACAAAAGGCUACAAUUGUUAGAAAUCAAAAAGAUACUGCUCAUACUAAAGCUGAACGUAAUAUAUUAGAAGCUGUCAAAAGCCCAUUUAUUUGUGAUUUGCUCUAUGCUUUCCAAACUGGUGGAAAGCUCUACUUAAUUUUGGAAUAUCUUAGUGGCGGAGAGCUUUUCAUGCAUCUUGAGAGAGAAGGUAUGUUUAUGGAGGACACUGCAGCAUUUUAUUUAUCGGAAAUUGUUGUCAGCUUAGAGCAUUUACAUAGACAAGGAAUUAUUUACCGCGAUCUGAAACCCGAAAAUAUUCUGCUUGACAGCCGUGGUCAUGUGAAAUUAACAGACUUCGGCUUGUGCAAGGAAGCGAUCGAAGGAGACCAGAAGACUCACACUUUCUGCGGAACUAUUGAGUAUAUGGCUCCCGAAAUUUUAAUGCGAUGUGGCCAUGGUAAGGAAGUAGAUUGGUGGAGCUUAGGAGCUUUAAUGUUUGAUAUGCUUACUGGCGGUCCCCCUUUCACAGCUGAAAAUCGUAAAAAAACCAUAGAUAAAAUCCUGAAGAGUCGCUUAACUCUUCCAGCUUACUUAUCAUCUGAAGCUAGAGAUUUAAUCAAAAAAUUAUUGAAACGUCACGUGGAAACGAGACUUGGAACUGGUCCUGAAGACGCAGAAGAAAUUAAACGUCAUCCUUUCUUCAGAACACUCAGCUGGGACCAAGUUUAUAGUAGACAGACUGAUCCUCCCUUCAAGCCCGAAAUCGAAAGUGAAGAAGAUGCUUCUUUGUUUGAUACUCGUUUCACCAGAAUGACUCCCGUUGACUCACCUUGCGAGACGAAUUUCAGUCUUACCGGUGACAAUCCUUUUGUCGGAUUCACUUAUGUCGCUCCAUCAGUUCUUGCUCAAAUGUCUAAUAAUCCUCAUGUUAAUGUAGCCAGAGCAAAAAGUCCGCGAAGAAAUCAUGAAAUGGUAGCAGGUGCUUUACCAGUGGGUGGAAAUAGGUACCGGUAUGACGAUAAUUUGAUGGACACAUCCCUUUCACGUUUUAAUUAG